AUGUCUUCAUCAGACAGAAGCAAAAAUCUUUGUCCCGUGGGCCCCAGAAAACCACAGCCAGGGGAGCCUGAGAUCCAAGUCAUGAAUGCGCUUAGUCGGCUGCGGCGGUCCUCAGAGGGGUCCUCCUGUACCCAGAGCUCUCUCCUCACAGCCCUCCAGUGGCCCUGCGCCCUCACCCGAGAUAAGAAUCCCGGGCCCUCCACAAAGCACUGGGGGCUGCGUCCGGGACCAGUGAGCUCUGAUGCAAAGAUCUGCUUUCAGCACUGGCUGUCCCACGUCGCAGGAAUUGCUCAGUCCCGGGAUGGCCACAGCGGCUGGUCCCUCGGUCCACUCGCCCAAUUCCUAGGCCAUUGGGGGUAUCUGCCCGGUCCACCUGGUCCUCCAAGUUGCGAAGGCCAGCCCGCCCAGGCCCAGCAGAAGGAGCCAGAAUGUGCCAGCCCAGAACACUGUGCCCAGGAGGGCUACAGCAGAGAAAUGUGGUGGCCUGGGUCAGCAGGCGACCCCUGGCAUAGAAGGUCGGAAAGGCCAGGCUGGGGUCCUGGUGGCAGAAGGCAUCACCCAGCGGCCAGCCGGAGCACAUCCAGGAACGGAAACCAGGAAACCCACACCACAUCUGGUGGUGGAUGGGGAAGGACCCGGGCUCUAGACUCACAGUUCUGCGUUCCAGUCUCGGCCCUGCCAUCACGUCCUGGCUGGGACCUUGGCCCCCAGGAGCUGCUGUGCCCCAGCAGUGCUGCCGCGAGCAAUGGAGAUGACGGGGUUGCCCGUCAACAGGAGCAGAACCUGCAACUCUGCAGCCACGCGGGAGAGAUUCGGGCGCACGGGGCUGGGAAGGUGUCAGGAGGUGAGGAUUCCCAUAACAGCUAUUUUCCGACACUUGAUGACAGUCUGUCUGUCUCCUACGGCUGGGAACACCUCAAACCAGGCCACGCUGGGGGCGCCGCCUUCCCUCCCGUAGUGCCUGAAACAGAGGUAGUGAUUAAGAGCGCGUAAUUACCUCUCCUGCCUGGGAGGUGAAUGCCUUUCUGUGGGAUCGUUCCGUUCAGAACU